AUGAUGCCAGUAUUAAAUACAAUUUUAGAUUCAGUUGUAGACACAAUUGCCCCACCAACGCCUGCAUUUGAAAAUUUCAUUUAUCAUUGGGAAAAAUUUAUGGUUAAUUACUUAGAGUGGACUACAGAUGGACAAUUUUCCCAAACUCACAUAGAAGAAACCAAUGUACCUGGCCAUCUGGAAAUCGUACAACAGAUAUUACUAUGUGAAGACAAAAAUGAAGAAACUGCCACUAACUUGUGCAUGGAAUAUGUAUUGAAAAAUGACCUAUUUAAUAUGUUAGCAGUUAUAGCAGAAAAGGAAAAAUUAAUUGGUAUUAGGAUAUUAGUAUUAAAAUAUAUGACAAAUCUUAUCAGUCAAUUAAGAAAUCCAGUAUUAGCUCAUCCGUCUUUUUUCGUCACUAUUCAAAGGCUAAUUAGUUUAUGCGACAGUGUUUUGUAUAAUAAACAGCAACAUGAUCAGAUUCACUUUUUAUUCAUGCUGUGUACAUUAUUAAACGAUCAACAAAAUGUUUCAAUUAUGUUUUUUUCAUAUGAAGCCAAUAUGUAUCAUUUGGAAGAAUCUAAGGCACCAUCAACGGAAUCAAGAACAUUUAACAGAUUAAAUUUAUUGGAUUGUGUAUUGACAUAUAUCAAUACCAAGAAUACAGAUGUAUACCAUAAAUGUUGUAAUUGUAUACUGCUGCUGACUAAAUUAAAUGAUGAAAAUGUGAUAGACUUCAUAAUUAAUAAAACUAGACUAUGUUCAACAUUAAGCGAACAUUUCAGAAAUCUGUUUUGUGCAUUACCAACUACAUUGGAUUACAAUGGACUAGAAACAAUUGAAUUAAAUUGGAGGGACGAUUACAAUGCCACUUAUUCAAACGAUGUCACUAAAUUUUUUUGUUGGUUAAAUUUUAUUACUGAGGUAAUAAGAGAUGGUCAGUUAAAAAUAUCUUAUUCAUUGUGUGAAUCAUUAAGAUUAUUAUUUUUUAUUAAAUUAUUUGAUACUCCAGAGCAAAUUUCGCCUUCUUAUAUUUUUUUGUUAAAAAAAAUCUACAAAGCAGCGGACCAUACACCUUUAAAUUAUACAAUGAAUUAUUGGUUACGGUCAGAGCUUGAUUGUUCUUAUUACAAUAAACAAACGCCAAUAGACAUUUUAAUAAAAUUGUCUUCCAAUACAGAUGAUAUUUUUGUUUUCAACAUUCUCAAUUUUUUUAUAGAUGUAUUACUUGAUUCAGAUAAAGAAGUUUUGGAUUUUAUAAUAUUACGAUUUGUCAAUAAUAGAAACUAUUAUGAAAGAUGUACAUCAGGAACAUGGAGCGACGAAGAAGACGAAAGAGAAAAAAAAUUACUGUCAAAUGAAAAUAAUGUUAACACUAGUCGAACUCUUGCACCUUCAAGUAUUGAUAGAAUAAUUAACCGGUUCCUAGCAUUGAUUCCUCAAAACCUACACUCAGACCAAUUCCAUACAUUUAAAGAUUACAUAACAGAUGUGAAGAAUAACUAUGAGAAUAUUUUUGAUAAAUGUACAAAAUUUGAUUGGCCUACUGAAGCAUUAGAUUCAGUUAAACUAUAUGAUUUUGGUGAAGGGCCAUUUUUAAGUAUGAUUUUUGAAAAAAUCAGCAACAUCCCUAAUCAAAACUCAUCAACUACCCUACAGUUAAAAAUAAUAUUAAUAUUUUUAAGUUCUUUACCUCAUCCUUAUCUACAUGAAUACUUGUUAAAUUCAACAUUACCAUUAAAACGCAAUGUACCAUCAUUGUACAUGAUAUUGUGUCAUGUACUUAAAGAACUACAUAAGAAAAUAUUAGCAUUCCCAAAUUAUAAUGAAGAGUUGAUUGAAGCAAGAAAACGCAUUUUAAAUAGUACUUCAAUCAAACUAUUAAAAGAAAAGAAUUCUAAAGUAACACUAUUUAACAAUGCGGUGAUUUUAGAAGAAUUGUGUAAAGAAUUGGUAGCAGUAUUAUUUGUGAAGUAUCAUCAUUCAAACUCGGCUUAA